AUGUUUGCUGAUAAAUUUGGUGCUGUUUUGGCUUUGGCUUCAAUUUUGGUGGCUACGACACAAGGACAAUCUUUAGAUGACCUUAUUAACCAAGUCUUCAAUAACAAUUCUGGCCCAACUGACAAAACAGGAGGCACUCAAAUUGGAGGCGGUCUUAUUACAGCUCCCAACAAUGGAGGUGGAGGCGGAGGAGUUCAGCCUAAUAAUAAUUUUGGACAAAUAACUGGAGGAGGUGGAGGACAACUCGAUAAUCCUAAUCAAGGAGGCAAUAUAGACAUCGCUGGAGGCGGUGGAGGCACUUGCAAUGGUGAAUGUGUUCCUUACUACUUGUGCAGUGCUAAUAAUUCAGUCAUCACAGACGGUGUUGGAUUAAUCGAUAUAAGAACAAUAACUCCUGCACCACCACGUCCUGGUACACCACAAAAACAUCCUCCUGGCUGCGGAUACAGGAAUCCUGAGGGGGUUGGAUUCAGGAUUGUCGGUGACAAAGAAGGUGAAUCUCAGUUCGGCGAAUUCCCAUGGAUGGUAGCAGUUUUAAGAGAAGAAGCCAUUGAUGGUAAAGCUGAAAGGAUCAACGUUUACCAAUGUGGUGGAUCUUUGAUACAUCCUCAGGAUUCCAAACACCACCUAUCAGCUCAGUCGAGUGAUCAACGCCAAAAUUCUGCCGAAACCGAAGCAUCGACAACAUCAACUGUAGGGUCUUUCUCACAUUGUCCAAGUGAAAGACCAAAAGCAAGACCCACCAUCACAGUAACUUCGGCACAACUGCCCAUAGGACCCACCAGCUCGGAGGAAUCAGCAAAGGAUUCGCCUGGCAAAACGGCACAGCCCAUGUCAGAGACAAUGUGCUGAUAGCGAAAGAAAUAUAAAACAUGGAAAGUUUUUAAAGAUUUUGCGAAGUGUUAUUUGCAUAUGGUAGUUAUUACGUUA